GUUCAGGUCACAACCGGAAGUGGACGUGGCAUACCGCUGCAGCAUUUCCGCUGAAUGUCUGUUUCUCAUUUCCAGAAGGGAUUAGGGAGAAACACCCCGGGACGGCGUUGACUUUCUCACCCCGUGGCCUGCCUAUUUGACUUUUUUUUUUUUACCAAGAGCAGAGCGACGCCUUACUACCCAAUACACUUUGAAGAUAUAGGGAUGAACUGAAGAUGAAUGUAAACCAGCACACUCCAAUGGCCUCUCCCUAUGGCCAGCCUCAGCCUGGCUACGGGCAGCCCACCUUUGCCCCCCUGGAUGGUGGAUACCCGGCACCCUACGCACCUUACAACGGCCCCACGUCAGCCUACCAGCCCGGAGCUCCACCACAAGGUUAUUCAUCUUUUACCACCUACCCCUCUAAGGCUGCGGCAGCCCAUCCAGUCUCUGAGCUCUCCUCUCCUCUUGACCUAGGUCAUGGCAGGGCUCCACCCACUUCCGGCCCUCCUCCGGUAUUAGCUCCUCAAGCGUACAACCAGUAUGGUCCCAACCAGGGGGUCACGCAGAAUGGACCCCCACCUUUGACGCAAGCACCUGCCAGGCCUGCUGCGGUGUCUCAGCCCUACCACCAAGGAUCAGUCAACCUGUCAGGGCCGCCCACCUCGUACCCCCAACACUACGGGCCCCCGCCCACAAUGCAGCACGUCACCAAUCAGAUGAGCGGGAUGCAGGUUUCCGCCGGACCCCCCAGCGCUGCGGGGCCCGGAUAUGCACCACCGCACAGUUCCCACCCGCCUGCGAGCGCUUCCUUCCCAGCCGCUCCUCCCUCCUCCUACACGCAGGCUCCGCCCCCUACGUCGUCUCGCCCCGCCCAGCAGCCACCCCCGCCCUCUGGCCCCGCCGCUCCCCAGCAAUACUACGGAGGCAACCCUCCCUCCCAGCAGCCGUUUAACUCUUCUCUCCCCCCUACCUCGCAACAGCAAUACACCUCCCCUGCGCCGCCUCUGCCUUCCACCCAGCAGCCAUUUCCUCCUUCCUCCUAUUCGGGUCCUCCGCCAGCUCAAGCUCCUUCUCCGUCAGUAUCGCAGCCUCAGCAGUCCUUCCCGGCCUCUCAGCCUGCGUUCUCCUCAGCCCCUCCACCUGUUGGCCAGACCUCCUUCGCCCCCGGCCAGGGCUCCUACCCUCCAAGGGCGCCCCCACCCACCUCCUCUCAGCCCGGGUCGUAUCCUCCUUCAGGUCCUCCUCCAACGUCACCCCCCUCUGGCCAGUAUCCAGGGCCCAUGCCGCCUCAGCAGCAGCCCCUUCCCUCGCAACCGCCACCCUUCCCCUCAGGUCCCUUUCCUCCCAGACCACAGAUGCCCCCGUCAUCCAUGCACCAGAGCAACCACUUACCUCCAGGACCACCAGGCCCUCCUGGACCCAUGCAGCAGCAGCAGCAGCACCCCCCACCUCAGCCUGGCAUGCCGGGAGGGUACCCACCCCAACAGAAUGGUGCAUUCGGGCAGGUGAGAGGCCCUCAGCCGGGCUACCCGGGCCCUUACCCUACCCAGACAAACUACGGAGCUCCCGCACCAGCACCUGCUCCAGCCGGGGCCCAGAAAAGACUGGACCCCGACAGCAUUCCUAGCCCGAUCCAAGUCAUAGAGGACGACAAGGCCAAGAGCACAGAGCCUUUCACCACCGGGGUAAGGGGACAAGCCCCACCGCUCGUCACCACCAACUUUCAAGUCCAAGACCAAGGGAACGCCAGCCCCAGGUUCUUCCGCUGUACGGCCUACAACAUGCCGUGCACCGCAGACAUGGCUAAGCAGUCUCAGGUGCCGCUGGCGGCUGUCAUCAAGCCUCUCGCCGUGCUGCCGCCAGAUGAGGCGCCCCCGUUCUUAGUGGACCAUGGAGAAGGUGGUCCAAUCCGUUGCAACCGCUGCAAAGCCUACAUGUGUCCGUACAUGCAAUUCAUCGAAGGAGGGCGUCGCUUCCAGUGUGGGUUUUGCACUUGUGUCACAGAAGUUCCUCCGCAUUAUUUCCAGCAUCUGGACCAGACUGGGAAGAGAAUGGACUUCUACGAAAGACCGGAGCUCUCGCUGGGCAGCUACGAGUUCCAGGCCACUGUCGACUACUGUAAAAACAACAAGAUUCCUCAGCUUCCAGCCUACAUCUUCUUUAUCGACGUGUCCUACAACGCUGUGAAGAGUGGCAUGGUCAGCAUAGUCUGUCAGGAACUUAAGACGCUACUGGACCACCUGCCCAGAGAAAACCCGGAAGCGGACUCUGUGGUGCGAGUGGGCUUUGUCACGUACAACAAGGUCCUGCACUUCUACAACGUCAAGUCUAGCCUGGCCCAACCACAGAUGCUGGUGGUGUCGGACGUGUCGGAUAUGUUUGUGCCCCUGCUGGACGGUUUCCUGGUCAACGUCAACGAGAGCCGCCUGGUCAUUGAAAGUUUGCUGGACCACAUCCCAGAGAUGUUUGCAGACACCAGAGAGACCGAGACAGUCUUUGGACCUGUUAUACAGGCCGGACUAGAGGCGCUCAAGGCCGCAGACUGCGCAGGGAAGCUGUUUGUGUUCCACACCUCGUUGCCCAUUGCUGAGGCUCUUGGAAAACUCAAGAAUAGAGAGGACAAGAAGCUGGUUGGCACUGAUAAAGAAAAGUCUCUGUUUCAGCCUCAAGCAACUUUUUACAACACGCUGGCCAAGGAGUGCGUUGCUCAAGGCUGCUGCGUGGACCUCUUCCUCUUCCCCAACCAAUACGUGGACGUGGCCACGUUAGGUGUGGUUCCUGUCUCCACAGGAGGCUCCGUCUACAAGUACACCUACUUCCAGGCUCAGACGGACCAGGAGAGGUUCCUGAACGACCUCAGACGAGACGUACAGAAGCCGAUUGGCUUCGACGCCGUCAUGAGGGUUCGGACCAGCACAGGUAUCCGGGCGACCGAUUUCUUUGGCUCGUUCUUCAUGAGCAACACCACGGACGUGGAGCUGGCGGGACUGGACUGUGACAAGGCGGUCACGGUGGAGUUCAAACACGACGACAAGCUCAGCGAGGAGACGGGGGCGCUCAUACAGUGCGCCGUCCUCUACACCAGCUGCGGCGGCCAAAGGCGCCUGCGCAUCCACAACAUGGCGGUCAACUGCUGCUCUCAGCUGGCCGACCUCUACCGCAAUUGUGAGACGGACACCAUCAUCAACUUCCUUUCCAAAUACGCUUUCCGUGGCGUCCUGAGCAACCCCACAAAGGCGGUGAGGGACACUCUGGUCAACCAGUGUGCUCAGAUCCUGGCCUGCUAUCGCAAGAACUGUGCAAGUCCCUCAUCAGUUGGUCAGUUAAUCCUCCCCGAAUGCAUGAAGCUGCUGCCGGUCUACUUGAAUUGCCUUCUGAAGAGCGACGUGCUGCUGCCCGGCGCUGACGUGUCGCUGGAUGACCGAGCGUACCUGCGGCAGCUCGUCAGCUGCAUGGACGUGGCCGAGACCCACGUCUUCUUUUACCCUCGCCUUCUGCCGCUGAUGAAGCUGGAGAGCGGGUCGUUGCCGAUGGCGGUGAGGGCCUCCGAGGAGAGGCUUUCCAAAGGUGGCGUCUACCUGCUGGAGACGGGCCUCCAUCUCUUCCUGUGGGUGGCAGCCAACGCCCAACAAGAGCUGCUGCUCAACAUCUUUGGAACAUCCAGCUUCAGCCACGUCGACUCCACCGUGACCAGUCUGCCGGUGUUGGACAAUCCAUUCUCACAAAGACUCCGAGAGAUUGUGGACUCCUUCAGAGCGCAGCGCUCGCGAUACAUGAAGCUGAUGGUGGUGAAGCAGGAGGAGCGCUCGGAGCUCAUCUUCAAACACUUCCUGGCGGAGGACAAGAGCGCCAGCGGGGGCGCGUCCUACGUGGACUUCCUGUGUCACAUGCACAAGGAGAUCCGCCAGCUCCUCAGCUAGGUCCACAAAGUCCCGCCUUCUUUCUCUUCCUAUCUUUUCUCCCUCCUCCUCUUUUCUCCCCUUUUUUUUUAACCCAAUAAACUUUAAAGCUCU